GCACUAGAAAUUACAUCCUAUAUAGUACAUUUAUGAACACAAUCCGUAGUUAUUUGUUUACACCGUGCUGUACUUGGCUGAAGCGCACUGCGCAUGCGUGUAUCACCUACAUUGACAUACAGUGGACCUACGAGCUGACGUGAUGCUCCGCCUGCUGCUUUAACGUGAACGGUACCGUCAAGUCGCCUCUGUCUUUGGAGGCGCCUUUAAUUUCACAGAGCGGUUUGACCUCGAAUUUCGAGUUCCGACUGUGUGGGGAAAGAUAACCAGCUCAUGAUAAAGGACCUGGGGUGAAAUAAAUUGUUAAAAGAAAGUCAACAAAAAAAAAAAAUAAAAUCAACAAAAAUCCAAAUUGUAUACACUCUUGUAUACAACGCCAUCUCCAAAUUCAUCUUGAGCAAGUGUUUGCUAAGAGCCUGAAGCUACUAGCAUCAUGUCACACAGAAGAAGCCGAAGUGGAUCUCCACCGUCUUACGGCACCAACAGCAAUGACCCUCGUGACCUGGAGAGAAGGAUUUUUGUCGGCAAUUUGCCCACUGCACAUAUGGCGAAGAAGGAUAUGGAAGACCUGUUCAGGCGAUAUGGGAAAAUACAGGCCUUGUCCCUGUUUCGUGGGUAUGGAUUUGUGCAGUUUGAAAGGACGGAAGAUGCUGAGGCAGCUAAAGCAGGACAUAACGGUCGGAUUUAUAGAGGUUAUAAACUAGAUGUAAAUAUGGCUGCGGAGAGACGACAGAAACCCAGGUCAAGUCCUCCACGCAGGCCUUCUGGUUAUGGGGACAGCAGGGAGCCCCGUCUCCGUUCUCGAUCCCCAGUGCAUGGGCGAGACUCCCGCGACAACAGGGAUGGCAGAGACGGGAGGGAACCUAGUCGAGAACCCCGGCCUGGACCUCCAAGAGAUCCUGAUGAUGAGCGCUACAGGGUUGCAGAUGGAAGAGUUAAAGAGACUCGAGAUGCUGCUUAUAGAAAUGAUGGUUUUGACCGCUUUUUACGUGGUGAAUAUGAACCAUACCGCAAGAAAGAUGAGCCUUAUCCUGAGCGCUACAGAGAGAAUUGGACUGGCAGGAGAGAGCCAGAAGAGGAGCGAAUGCAGCCUGAGGAGCGCAGGAGGAACGAGCUGUACCGUCAGUACUAUGAAGAGCUGCAGAGACGUUACGACGCAGAGAGACCCGUAGACUGCUCGGUCAUCGUGGUCAACAAGCAGCAGAAAGAGUAUGCAGAAAUGGUGGGGAGGAAGGUGCGAGAUCUGGGCAUGGUGGUGGACCUCAUCUUCCUCAACACAGAGGUGUCCCUGACCCAGGCUCUGGAGGACGUGAGCCGGGCUCGCACUCCCUUUGCCAUCAUCAUCACACAACAGCACGAAGUGCAUCGUUCCUGCACCGUCAACAUUCUCUUUGGAACACCACAGGAACACAGAAACAUGCCUAUGCAGGAUGCUAUGGUUUUAGUGGCUCACAACUAUGACACCUUUAAGAUCGAGAACCGUGCCAAGGAGCGGGAUGAGAUCUCAAGAAAAGCUGCGAAGAUGGCAGACGAAGUGUUGAUGAGAGAACAUGACCGACAAGUCCACCCAGUCUCAGUACUGACUGCGAUCACACUGUUAUCAGAGGGCAGGUUCCUGACCCCUCAAGAGUUAACGAUACUCAUUAACUAUCUCCAGGAUAAGCGAGAUCGUCUUAUUCGAGGUGGCACGGACCCUCUUCUUGUGUCCCAUCAGACUUCUGCAGCAGUCACCCAUGAGACCCCUCAGUCCACUCAGGCUCUUGGUCCUGUUUCCCACCAGACGCACCCAACCACACACUCCAUACACACCUCCCACCUACCUGCUGCCUCUGCCACCACUACCAACCAGCAGCAAGAGCUGCAAGCUAAAAUUCUCAGCCUCUUCAACAGUGGCUCAGGCUCCUCUGUGUCUCAGAACCAAGCAGCGGCUUCACAACCUCAGGGCUAUGGCUCCACACAAAGCUCCGGUCUCUCCUCUUCCUCUACUCUGUCCAACUUGGCCAUGUCUGCUCAUGAUACUCAGGACAUGAUGAAUCCUCACAUGGGCAUUAGGCCCACUGCUAAUAAUCGCGUAGCGGCACCUCAGGGGCUCCAGAGAGCUGGAACUGCAAUUAACUUUGACAACCCUAGUGUUCAGAAAGCCCUUGACACACUCAUCCAGAGCGGACCUGCCAUUAACCAGCUGGUCAAUUCAGCAAACCUUUCGGCCAGAUCAGGCCAGGGGAUGAACCAAGGAAUGAACAAAGGUUUAAGCCAGGGAGUUGGGCAAGGAAUGAACCAAGGCUAUAACCAGGGAGUAGGUCAAGGAAUGAGCCAAGGACUGGGACAGGGACUAAGUCAGGGGAUGGGGCAAGGCUCUCACUACCAACGUCAUUUCUGAAAACUUUUUUUUUAUUUUUUAUUCUUCAUUUAAUUCUUUAAAAAGCAGUUCCCUUAAAUUUCUAAACAUUGCUGUACUAUUUCUUAGUUUAUGAUUAUGACUAUUUGGAUACAUGAAUAUUCCUUUUGGACCCAAAAUGGUGACAGAUAUAAAUCAUUCAUUCAUUCUUGAAUUUGCUGAUCUGACCAGAUCGUUUUGAAUAUUCCCCUUGUGUUAUUUUAUAUAAAGUGUAAUUUGUACAUAAUGAACUGCAUUCAAUAAAUGUUUGACACAAAUGUUUCGAGUAAGUGCAUUGAAAAGACUUUGUACCAAUCAGUAAUAAAAUGGUAUUCAUUUAUUGCAUUUUGUGCUGACAAAUCUAGAAAAUGGAAUGGGAAAACUGCCAGAAGCCAUAGAGAUAAAGCAUUUGAAAUGUAAAACUA